AUGCCGUUGUUUCUAUCCGAUGACGAAUUUCAGCGGUACUCGCACGACGCAUCGCUGGUGGCGGAGAAGGCGGAUUUAUUCAUACGAGGACUAUACAAUCGACUCGAGACCGUGAGGGCUGAGGCGGACGCCGCCUCCAUCACCGCUGAGCAGACGUGCUCUCUUCUCGAACAGAAAUACGUUUCUCUCACUGCGGAAUUCUCCGUCAUACAAUCACAGCACUCACAACUUAGCUCCUCUGUCGAUCAAAGUGCCUCGGAGCUUCAACUACUACAAUCUGAAAAGAAACAACUUGUUCUCCAAUCCAUCGAGAAAGAUGGGGAGGUUGAGAAGUUGACUAGGGAAGCCACGGAGCUUCACAAAUCGAAGAGGCAAUUGAUGGAAAUCCUUGAGGCAAAGGAUUUAGAGAUCAGUGAGAAAAAUGCAACUAUAAAGAGCUAUUUGGAUAAGAUUGUCAAUUUGACUGAAAGUGCUGCGACAAAGGAAGCACGGCUGGGUGAUUUGGGGUCUGAAUUGACACGCUCCCAAGCUUCAUCUGCCCGUCUUUUGCAGGAGAAAGAGCUUUUUGAGAGGCAUAAUGUGUGGCUUAAUGAAGAGUUAACGUCUAAGGUUGAUAGUCUUAUUGCACUGCGUAAAACAUAUGGUGAACGUGAGGCUGAUAUGUCUGCUAAGCUUGCAGAUGUUGAGAAAAAAUUUAACGGGACUUGUAGUUCCUUAAAGUUGAACAAGGGAAGGGUGGAAGAGUUGGAAUCGAAGGUUGCAUCAUUAGAGAAGGAGUUACUAUCAUCUAAGGAUGCAGCAGGAGCUGCAGAGGAGCACUUUACUGCUGAAAUUUCAACAGUAACCAAGCUUGGGGAACUAUAUAAGGAGAGUUCUGAGGAAUGGUCCAAAAAGGCAGGCGAGCUUGAGGGAGUAAUCAAGGCUUUAGAAACUCAUCUAAAUCAAGUUGAAAAUGAUUACAAAGAGAAGCUUGAAAAGGAAGUUUCUGCAAGGGAGGAAGCAGAAAAGGAGGCUGCCAAUCUGAAAGAGAAGCUCGGGACAUGUGAAGCGGAUUUGGAGAGUUGUAGGAAAGAAAGCGAGCUUAAACAUCUUCCUCUGAGUAGAUUUACGACUGAUUCGUGGCCACGCUCAGUUGAAUGUGAUUAUGUGGUGGAGAAUGAUCGCAUGAUUGUACCUAGGAUUCCGGCUGGCAUUUCUGGAACAGCAUUGGCAGCUUCGCUUCUUAGGGAUGGUUGGAGUCUGGCCAAAAUUUAUGCCAAAUAUCAAGAAGUUGUUGAUGCUCUGCAACACGAGCAACUGGGGAGAAAGCAAACCCAAGCUAUCUUGGAGCGGGUACUUUAUGAAAUAGAAGAGAAAGCUGGACUCAUCAUGGAUGAACGAGCUGAACACGAGAGAUUCGUUGAAGCUUCCUCUUUAAUGGAGAGCCUGGAUAGAGAUAAAUGGGGAGGCAAAGAGGCCAUACUCUUAAGUGAAAGUGUUCAUGAAACAUCAAAGGUGAAAGAACAUGCUUUUGACCGUGUUAGAAGUCUUGAAGAAGAUGUUGCAAAAUUGAGGAGUGAGAUCAUUUCUUUGCGAACUGAACGUGACAAGUUAGGACUGGAAGCACAAUUUGCACAAGAAAAACUGGCCAGAUUUAUGAAAGACUUUGAGCAUCAGAGAGAUGAACAUAAUGGAGUCAUAGCAAGAAACAUUGAGUUUUCACAGCUGAUAAUCGACUACCAGCGAAAGCUGCGUGAAAGUUCCGAGUCCUUGAAUACUGCUGAGGAGAUAUCACGCAAGUUAACAAUGGAGGUCGCUGUCCGGAAGAAUGAAAAGGAAAUACUGCUCAACUCUGAGAAGAGAGCUUUUGAUGAAGUUCGCUGUUUGUCGGAGAGAGUUUAUCGUUUGCAGGCAAGUUUGGACACCAUGCAUAGUACUCAGGAAGUGCACGAGGAUGCCAGAAGCAUUGAAAGGAAAAGGCAGCAGGAGUAUGUUGAAAGAAUUGAGAGAGAAUGGGCUGAGGCUAAAAAGGAGCUUCAGGAAGAACGUGAUAUUGUUCGGAAUCUUACACUUCAGCGUGAAACUUCCAUGAUGAAUGCCUUGAAACAAGUUGAAAUUCAGGGGAAAGAAUUAGCUGAUGCCUUGCAUUCUGUGGCUGCAGCUGAAGCUAGGGCUGCCAUUGCAGAGGCCCGUUGCGCUGAUUUGGAGAAGAUUGUUAAAUCUGCACAAAUGAAGGAUUCUAAAGAUGCCGAAGCUGGUCCUUCCUCCUUUAGUGACAAGACUUUGCCGGAUUUCUGGGAAGAAAUUGAAACACUGAGACAAGAGGUGCAGACUAGCAAAGAUCACAUGGUUCAGUAUAAAAGCAUAGCUGAGGUAAAUGAUGCAGCACUUAAACAGAUGGAAUCUGCCCAUGAGAAUUUAAGAAUCGAGGCUGAUAAAGUUAGAAAAUCACUUGAAGCAGAAGUCCAAUCUCUUAGAGAGCGGAUUGAUGAACUUGAAAGGGAAUGCAAUCUGAAGACCGAGGAAGCAGCUUCUGCAAAUGCUGGAAAAGAAGAAGCUCUUGUGGUUGCUUUAUCUGAAAUCACUAGUCUGAAGGAGGAUUGCGCUAAUAAAAUGUCCCAAGUGGUGGUGAUGGAAGCACAAAUCUCUGCCUUGAAAGAUGAUUUGGAGAAUGAGCAUCAAAGAUGGCGUGCUUCUCAAGCCAACUAUGAAAGACAGGUUGUUCUACAGUCAGAAACAAUUCAGGAGUUGAUGAAAACAUCACAAGCCUUGGCUUCAGCGCAAGAGGAAACAUCUGAGCUCCGUAAAGUGGCAGAUGCACUCAAAAAUGAAAAUAAUGAACUGAAGGCCAAAUGGGAAGCUGAAAAGUUAUAUCUAGAAGCAUCUAAAAACGAAGCAGAUAAGAAAUAUGAAGAAGUUAAUGAACUGAACAAGAUGUUGCACAUUCGGAUUGAGGCCUUGCUUAUCAAAUUAGCUGAGAAGGAUCGAAGAGUAGCUUCUGGGAGCACAUCUCAAACAUUGGGUAAUGAGGACGGAUUGCAAGAUGUUGUAAGUUAUCUGCGACGGUCAAAGGAAAUUUCGGAAACGGAAAUAUCUCUGUUUAAACAGGAGAAGCUUCGACUGCAAUCACAGUUAGAGAGUGCUCUAAAGGCAGCAGAGUCAGCGCAAGCAUCACUUCAUGCGGAGCGGGCAACAUCUCGGGCAUCACUGUUCACUGAGGAAGACUUCAAGUCUCUUCAACUUCAGGUGAGAGAACUGACCUUGCUUCGAGAGAGUAAUGUGCAGCUCCGGGAAGAAAACCGACAUAAUUUCGAAGAAUGCCAGAAACUUCGUGAAGGAGCCCAAAAAGUAAGGACUGAAAUCGAUAAACUGGAGAGACUUCUUAACGACAGGGACAAAGAGGCGGAAGCUUAUAAAAAAGAAAUUGAACAGCAGAAGAUUGAGAAAGAACAUCUUGAGAAGAGAAUUGUUGAGUUGCUGGAGAAGAACAAGGAUGUCGAUGAAUAUCGUCGCAUGAGAGAAUCUUUUGAGCAGAUGCAAGUGAAUAUGAGAGAGAAAGAUGCACAGUUGGAGGAAAUUAGGAAACUUGUAUCAGAGAAGCAGGAUGCAACAUCCCAUUUAGAGCAAGACCUUGCUAGGAGCAAAACAGAAUUGGAUGAGAGAGAGAUUAGAAUCAAUGAAAUCUUGCAAGUCGAGGCUUCUUUGAAAUCAGAAGUUGAAAGAUUUAAGAGAUCAAAUGUUCAACUGAGGAGGAAGUUGGACAACUUGUCAAAGGAAAAGGAGGAACUGAGCAAAGAGAUUCAAUUACUUUCCAAACAAUUGGAAGAUGCCAAACAGGUGAAAAGGAAUUUAGGGGAUGCUGCAUGUGAACAGGCAAUGAAGGAAAAAGAGAGGGAGAAAGACACAAGAAUACAAAUUCUUGAGAAAACAUUGGAGAGGCAUAGGGAGGAUUUGAAGAAGGAGAAAGAAGAUCGUAAUAAAGAGAAGGAAAAAUUUCAGAAGAGCCGAAAGAUAAUUCUCGAAUCUUAUGAGAGUGUAACUCAGCAGAGGGCGAAGCUCGUAGAUGAGCUGGACAAGCAUAAGCAGGCUCUGAAGACACUUCAUGAUGAAGUGGAGAAACUAAACAAUUCCAGAGACGGUCAAUCUGAGUCUACAUCAGUGGUUCAACGUUUUACUGGCACUCUGUUGGAGGAUUUUUCUGCUGCCUAUUUCCUGGCUGUAGAAAAUUUUGAGCGAGUUGCACUACCGGUUCGCAUUGAGCUUGAAGAUUCCACUUCUACCGAUCCUUCUGCUCUGGAUACUUCAUCAGCUACAACUGUUCAAACAGGCCCUGCAAUUACCCAAAAUAUUUUACCACCUCCAGGAGCUGCUGCUGCAAGCGUUCCUGCAGCAAAAGCAGUUGAAGAAAGGGAGAAACGAUUUACUUUCCCGAAGACAAAUGUUAAAACAGGGAGGAAACUGGUCCGUCCGAGUAUUACAAAGCCUAAAGAACCUCAAGGUGAUGUAGAGAUGUCAGAAGCUGACGAGUCUAACAAUAGCGUCAAGCAGUCUUCUCAAAAUAUAGAAACUCAAGGAAAUCUGAUUGUACCAACACCACCACUUGUUCGCAAGCGUCCAACUUCGGUUGCUUCUGGUUUGCAAGAGGAUUUACUGGCUCCAGAGCAAACUAGCUCUGAUAUGAUAGCACCUGUGCCAAAAAAGUCUAAAGGUGCAGAGACCCAAAAAGAAGGUGGUGAAGAACAGUCUACUGCUACUUUAAAAGUUCCCCAAGUUUCACGUCCCCCUGAAGAGUCGCCUGAGGACAUUGAAAAUGUUCAUCAAGAUAUCAAGGAGGAACCUAUAGAUACUGAAAGGGAUGAAUUAGCAACUGCAGGGGAGGAAGUUGAAGAGCCAACAGCUGAUGGAAAGAAUCUGGCUGAAUUACAGACUGACACUAUCGACGCAGCAGAAGAGAAUUUGGAUAAACCAAGUGAAGCUAUAGUGUCAGACGAACAAUUGAGAUAUCAGACUGAACAAGACAUCCAGCAUAUAGUAACAGAAUCUGAGAACGACAGGGAAGAGGGAGAGCUGGUCGCUGGCGAUGGAGAUACUGAGGGCAAUGCUAUUACAUCUAAUGCAAUGGGGGGACCAGCAAUCGAGGAGUUUCAACCCGAGCAAGCAAUGCCCGAGAAUUCUCCAGCAGCUGACGAACCCUUGGAAGUUGGGGAAAUUGAUCCUUCCCAGGUUCUGGAUGAAGAAAAGAGUGAUGGCGGUGAAAUGAACGAGGACAUUGUUGAAAGUUCAGAUAAGAAUGAUGAUGGUACAGACACCGAUCAGGUCACUGGAGAUUCUAAUACUGCUGGUCAGGAAGCAACAACUAGCAGUGCUGUUGAAACUGGGGCUCCAGAACAAGGUGGUUCUACUGUCACCAGUGUCGUGGAAGGAAAACAGACAUCCCCUGUUACUAGCAGCAGCUCAACAACCAUCAAUUGGCAAGAGAGAGCUAGGUUGAGGGCAUCUAUUAGACAGGCUGGAAUGCUUUCUCCUUCACCGGGUAGAGCUCGCGGCAGAGCAACUAGGGCUCGUGGUGCACGAGGUGGUCGUGCAGGUCGUGGACAAGCACCUGGUUAA